GGCAAUCUUGUCCGGACGCUAAUAAGACCCAAUGGCUGGCGCAAGGUGGCCAGGAGCGCUGAAACGCGACAGAAGACGGUGGACGAAACAGAGAAGGAGGAAGAAAACACACACAAUAACAACAACAAGUAGCCGACUGUCUCUACAGACGCGUUUCUUGGAUGAACAGAGAGGAUGAGAGCGUCCACAGAGGGACACCAGAGAUCCGAGGAGCUUUAAGUGCGCGUCAGUUUGUGUGUCGCGUCAAGGGGAAGCUGCGUGGAGAGAGAAGCGGUAAGUGAGCAGAAAGAGACUUUAAAAAAAACACCUGCGUCACGACAGGUAACGUUGAAGGACGUGUGAAGAUGACUUUCAGCUCUCAGGAGACCUAGAAGCAGCUGAUAUUUGGUGAAAUAUCUGCUCCAAAAGCUCUCUGAUUUCUUAUUUGAUGCCAAACUUCACUUCCACCAAUCAGAUCACUCCUGGAGCUACUUUAAAAACUGAAUCAGAGUAUCUGCUUCUGUACUUUUAAGCUCCUGUUCUGAUCAAGACUGUAAGAAGUACCUGCAUGUCCCAGCAUUUUUUGUGUUUAUAUCAACACCAGUAAUCCAUGAUUUGGAAUGGACCCACAUUUGACCCUCAUUCACUUGCUGUCACACACCUGGAACUGGGCUGUUGCUGCAGGAACUGUGAGCCACUGAUUCCUGGGAGCCCCAACCCUCCCCAAUGAAGCAGUCCUGGUGGGCCCGCCUGGCACAGCUUGGCCUGCUUGCCGUGUGGACAUGCAUAUGGCUGGUCCAGGGAUGCGGGCCAGGCCCCGGGUACGGCAUCCGACCCCGGCCCAGGAAGCUCACAGCCAUGCACUACAAGCAGUUUUUCCCCAACUUCUCAGAAAACAACCUCGGGGCCAGCGGCAGAGCAGAAGGCAAGAUCACACGCAACUCUGAGCGGUUCAAUGAGCUGGUGUGCAACUACAACCCAGACAUUGUGUUCAAAGAUGAGGAGAACACAAACGCUGACCGCUUCAUGACCAAGCGGUGUAAGGACUGUUUGAAUCGGUUGGCGAUUGCAGUGAUGAACCAGUGGCCAGGGGUUCACCUACGUGUGACGGAGGCCUGGGAUGAAGAUGGUCACCACCCUCCUGGCUCUCUGCACUAUGAGGGCCGCGCUGUGGAUAUAACCACUGAUGACAGGGAAACUGAGAAGUACGGUCUUCUGGCCCAGCUGGCUGUGGAGGCAGGCUUCGACUGGGUCCAUUAUGAGUCCAAAUAUCACAUCCACUGUUCAGUAAAAGCUGAUCAUUCUGUUGCUGUGGAAAAAGGUGGCUGUUUCCCAGGCUGGGCCCGGGUGACUGUUGCUGGAGGGAGCCAGAAAAGUCUGUCAUCACUGGUUCCUGGGGACAGAGUCAUGGCCCUGUCUGGGACAGGCCAAGUCGUGUUUAGCCAAGUAGUCUUGUUUCUGCACCAGGACCAAGAAAGCUGGUCUUCUUUUCUGUCUCUGGAGACAGAAGACGGCCAUAGAUUGGCCCUCACUCCGCAUCACUUGGUGUUUUUGUCCCCCCACUGCAGACGUGACAGUAGGGAGUACCAGGCUCAGUUUGCUAGCAGAGCCAAGACAGGGGACUGUGUUCUCGUCCAUACAGCAGGGGGUCAAAUGCACCCAUCUCAAAUCAUCUCCAUUUCAGUUGCAGAGAGUGUGGGAGUGUAUGCGCCCUUGACAGAAGCUGGAACUUUGUUCGUAGAUGGCGUGCUGGCAUCCAGCUAUGCACUGUUGGAGGACCACAGACUUGCACACUGGGCAUUUGGACCUCUGCGACUCUUCUCCUCGUUAAGCCAGCUCUUCUGGGGGAAGACGGCAAAGGGACACCAUACCACUGACCGUCAAGAAACUUGCACUAAGACUCCAAUGAGUUUCAGUGGUUUGUCCACACAGGACAAAGCAAACAUAUAUGUGAACGAUGACAUUCUGAGCAAACAAAACAAUCAGAGUGAACCUAUGAAGAUGGAAAUUAAAGAGAAACACUCCUUGAAAAGACGGAUAUCACACGUGCACUGGUAUGCUAGAUUACUGUACAGUAUUGGAUGCCUUGUUUUAGACUCCAACUCAUUUCAUCCUUAAAAGCCUUAACAUAUAGAUUCCUUACAUACAUUUACACUAACAACUCCUGUUUUUCUCUCAAAUUAAAAACACUGGAAUGGCUUGCUUGCUUUUGUCACUGUUGUUUGUAAUAUAAUCAUUGUGAUAAACAGUCUAACACUGUGGUGAUACUCCUAAAGAGACAGUUUACCUGAGCAGGUAAAUAUAGAAAUGGUGAUACCAUAAUGACUAUCAUAGUCUGUCUGUACAUCUGAGUAUUUCUUUGUUUCAGUUAUACAUGUGGAAAAUAUAUAUUAUUCUAAUAGAAUCUUUAUUUUUGUACUUUCUGAAUCAUAAUAUAUAAAUGUUUCAUUUUAUUGUAAUAAUUCCGUUACCUGUAUUGUACGCCCUACUUGUUGUUAUGUCAUAAACCAAAUUAAAAUGUAAUUUUAUGAA